AUGGCUGACGAUCCCGAUUACAACGCCGAGGAGGCCGCCGAGCUCAAGAAGAAGAGACAGUUCCGCAAGUUCUCUUACAGAGGCAUCGACCUUGAUGCUCUCUUGGACCUCGACUCGGAGCAGCUGCGUGAUGUCGUCCACGCCCGCGCCCGCCGCAGGAUCAACCGUGGCCUGAAGCGCAAGCCCAUGGGUCUCAUCAAGAAGCUGCGCAAGGCCAAGCAGGAGGCCAAGCCCAACGAGAAGCCCGACCUCGUCAAGACUCACCUGCGAGACAUGAUCGUCGUCCCCGAGAUGAUUGGCAGCGUUAUCGGUAUCUACUCCGGCAAGGAAUUCAACCAGGUCGAAAUCAAGCCUGAGAUGGUUGGCCACUACCUGGGCGAGUUCUCGAUCUCUUACAAGCCUGUCAAGCACGGUAGACCCGGUAUCGGUGCCACCCACUCGUCUCGUUUCAUCCCUCUCAAAUAA